GCGAGCGUCACCAGAACGAGCAGUCACGGUGACGUAUAUUCAUUACUUUACCUGUGAUCUGCUGUAUUCUCUUAUUCAGAUCUUCUCUUCUACACACAUAUUCAAUAUGAUGAACCUGCGUUCCAUCUCUCGUGGCGUUCCUGCAGCUCGCUUUUUCAGCACAUCUAGAGUCGCCGCUUCUGGCAAGUCCUCUUCGACUGAAGUCAGUGAUGGUGGAUCGAAGCACGACAAGGUGCAAGAGCCUCAAUCAUCUAUCAAGCCUGAGGGGAACCCCAACCCCCGUCAGGAUGUAGACCAUGUCGAAGAAGCGAAAGCCAAGGUGAAGACACAAGCAGAGCUCGAUGCCGACUUUCAGCUAAGAAUGCAAGAACGCUCGGGAGACGGCGGCGCAUCCGGAAUCGAGUACGAAGACGGGCAACCAGUCUCAAUGAAGAGAAGUGUUAGGAACAACAUGUUCCGUUACAUCUGACUUUGCUGCUGCUUUUGUCACAUUGUACGUCUUGCAAUCUAAGUGUUGAUUCCAGACAUGCUGAGAGGUUCGAAUUAGUUUGAAUUAUAGUGUAGUAUUAUCGCUGUAUGUCUACAUUACGACUAAGUUUGGGUAUCAUGGAAUUAUAAGGUGGUGCGUCCGUCUUCCGUUUUCAGAGCUCAAUGCUCUCAGCUUCGUCUUGUGUCCUCUUCCAAUCUUUCCAUGUCUCCGCUCUCCUUGCGAAUUCUGCUGCCCCACGCGCCGACAGCAUGCGCACAUCCUCAGCCUUGUUCGCACUCAACA